AGCAAUAUGGAGUCUUUAUGUGACACGGCGCCGGGUGGUCGUAUUAAAAAUUUUAUCGAAACUUCGUAAUAAUAUUACAAUAGAUCGAAUACGGAUGUAUUGCUGAGAAAAUUGUUUUUGGUCGCCUACCGUUUAAUGCCAUUAUGCUUUCGAGCAGAGUUUAAUUUUUAACAGCGAAUAUAUAAAAAGUUGUAUUUAGGUUAGCCUCUUGUUUUGGAUUGACAGGACCAGAGUAGAGAAAUUCUAAAGAGAUGUACCUGAACAUCUAUCGACUGUUGUCACGAACAUGCGUGAGGCAAAUACACACCAGUGUGUCGCGAAAUUUAAUGAAAGACCAUUCUGACAACAUGUUCCGAAAGAAAUUACGUUCCACUGCUUUUUAUUGGUCUGGAGUCGGAGUUCUGGUAGUUGGUUUAAGUUACUCUGCAGUGCCUUUGUACAGAAUGUUUUGUCAGGCAUACAGUUAUGGUGGAACGUUAUCAGUUGGUCAUGAUGCUAGUAAAGUGUCCACGAUGACACCUAUUAGAAACAGAAAGAUCAAAAUUAUGUUCAAUGCAGAUGUGGCGUCGUCGAUGCAAUGGAAUUUCAAACCACAGCAAAAGGAGAUUACGGUUAUUCCUGGAGAAACGGCUUUAGCAUUUUACACAGCCACAAAUCCGACCGAUAACCAAAUUGUAGGAAUAUCCACAUAUAAUGUUUUACCAUUCGAAGUAGGACAAUACUUUAAUAAAAUACAAUGCUUCUGUUUCGAGGAACAGAUGCUUAACCCACAUGAACAAGUUGACAUGCCAGUGUUCUUCUUCAUUGAUCCAGAAUUCGUAGAGGAUCCAAAAAUGGAGUGUGUUAAUGAAAUAAUUCUCUCCUAUACGUUUUUUGAAGCCAAACCUGGAUUUAAUCUGCCUGUACCGAGCUAUGCCAAAAGUCAUUCAACAAAGUAAAGUGUAAUUAUGUUUAAUAGUUCUAGCGUAAUUAUGACAAUUGUA